GAGGGGAAACAGCUCUAUCCUUUUUAAUAUAGAAAGAUCAGAGGUGGCCAGCCUAUGGCUCCAGACCCACAUGCGGCUCUUUAGAAGCUAAUAUGCAGCUCCUUGCACAGACAACAACAAAGGAAACAAAUACGUCUGGCCUGGAAAGGACCCCUAGGUAGAGGAAGGUUACACUCCCUGUAUCUACAACAGGUUGGCUACGUGCACUUGGAGGUUGUAAGAAGAGGAAGAGACCACCAUGAAAAGACAGGAGACCCAAAUCAGGAGCUCAGGGUGGCAGUAGUUUUUGCUUUCACUUUCCAUUUAUAUGAAAGAGCAUGCCAGGAAGAGGAAAUAUUUUGCAGUGUAUACAUUUUGCAACAUGCUGCUGUCUCAUCCCCCACACGCAGCCUUAUUUAUUCACCCCACCCGUUCUGCUGGGCCCUUUUUCAGAAGGUGAGAGUCGAAGCCGAAAGAGAAGUGGAUCCUUUCCAAGUACUUUGAGUUCCGCAGUGGCUCAGGUUUUCCUGGAGUUGUGGCAUGGCUGUGCUAAGGAGCUUUUAUUAAACGUGAUCAGAGGCCUUUAGCAGGAUACAAACAGCUUGACUCUCGACAACACCAGGGAAAGGACUUGUGGGUUGAAAGCUAAGGUUAACACAGCUGCACUGUCCCAGCAGCCAGCAUGGAUCAGGGUCUGCGUGGCGAUGUACAGAUGGAGCGCAUCCUCGUGUAUUCCUUUCUGCAGAACUGUCACAACUGUGAUUUCAGAGAAGAGCUGGAUUCUCUGAGAAGCCAGGUGAUGGUUUCCCCACCAAAAAACUUCCUCUCUGAUGAGUUUGAUGAUGGGGAGCUUCAGACAGAUGGGAAUCGGAGUGGCCGGUUCUCGAAUGGUGAGCCAGAUUCUGUGGUUGAUGAGGACAUUUUCCGGCUCAUUGGAGCUCAGCUUGCUGAGAUUGGGGACCAAGUGGCUAGGGAGAUCCAACCGAGAGUAGUAAAUGAUCUAGUGCAGCAAUUUGUGAAUGAGAAUCUGUCCAAAGAGGAGAUAAUGAGACGUCUGUCUAAUACAGUGGAGGGGCUUGUGAGAACCAUACCUUUGGAAAUGGAGCAGGAGAAAGCCAUGUUGGUGCUAGCAAUGGUUUUAGCCAGAACAGUAGCAAACAAAAUGCCAUCCCUUCUACACCGUGUCUUUAACACCACUGUGAAUUACAUCAACCAGAACCUCCACAAUUACGUUGUUAACCUGGGAUAACAAAGUUGAAUGAGAGCGGAGCCAGUCCCGUUGACGUCUGUGGAGAAGAUUGCUUCUUGAGUAUUUACUUUAAAUGUUAAAACUUUUGCUUUUUUUCCCCUUGUUUAAAUUCUUUUGCAAUGCCGCUAUGAAGGGGGAAGCACAACCCCUUAGUUAUUUUUUUAGGUUGUUCAACACAGGAGAAACGUUCAAGCUGUGCGAUUGUUCGGCAGAGACAUGUAGGACUAUUGCUUGCCUGUUACAUUCAAUAUUUUGUAAAAGAAAGUGACAUACAGGUCUUCACCAGCACCAAGACUUAGGAAAAAGUGCCAGUUAGCACUGAGCCUGCAGCCUGUCUUCCCUGCAGGGUUAACCCAGGUGUGAGCAGCCACACAGCACACCUGUACUUCAAAGCUGUGCUCUCAUGUCUAUGGUGCUAGGUCUGCUAGAGGCAAGGCCUAUUGUUCUUUUGUGCUGCAGUAAGCUGAGCCCUUCUAGUCUUUCUGAGUACAGUCCUCUGAUGCUGUCCCAAUCAACUGCAAGGGAUUUAGACUCACUACAAAAUGGGUGAGUUACCAAUCCAAGUAACCUAACCUCUGCUUUUAACGUCUCUACACUAGCAUAGCUUUUCCAGGAUAGUAUGCAUAGUAGUGUAGCCUCUUCUCACAAGGACAAGAAUUUCUCCCCUCCAUGCACCCCCCCCCCGCCAGCAUGAUAGGUAAUCCACCUCUCUGAGCAGCAGUAGCUAAAUCAAUGGAUUUCACCCCCUAUGCUGUGUGCUAGCCUGGGUUGAGACAACCACCUAACACUUAGUGGUGUGCCUUUAGUGAAGACAUACCUUUAGAAAUACAGGCUGAUUCUUGAGUAAACUAUAUGCUCAGGGUUUUUUCCCUAGGCACAUCAAUUGUGGGGGGACAGGGUCUUUUGAGCCUCUGGAGAGUGUCUGAUUUAGAUGAUCAAAGUUAUAGAAAAGCAACAAUUGAGUGAUAUCAGGUCAGAUAAUUCAGCUGGUCUUACUUGAGCAUAGCACACACUAGCUUUAAUUUCCACUCAAUAGGUCCCUCCAUGUAGUCAAUGACUAAGGCUGGCACUCUUAACUCAUGCCUAGAGCCUCUGCUGGUGGGCCUACUAGGAAUGCAGUCUCAACUUGACAGUUUAUGUAAACUGAACUCUGAGUUGCUGUUUCUUAUAUUACCUGUAAAUAUUUUAUACUUAAUAAAAUUGUCAGUGCAGCUGUUAUCCAUUUUCAAACUGGGUGUGCAAGGAAGUACUUAAA